AUGGACCGCAGCUUCGACAUCACGACCGAUAUGCGUCAUGGAAUCAUUCCAUUGGAAGAUCUGAACCCAAAAGUAAAGUCCCGGUCCAUCAACUACGGCAACGAUGAAAGCAACACAAACAACCACCCAAUUGACCCGCCGGUUCUACAGCGGGAAGAUGCUACAAACUCAGAAGUAGCCUCAAGCGACUUGACAAUAUCCAAGACCAGAGGCGUUGUUGUGAUCGUGACCCUCGCCGGAAUCAGCUUUCUCAACACGAUGGGCUCUGGCAUUCUCAUCGCGGCUCUUCCAAAGAUUGCCCAAGAUGUUGGCCUUUCUGAGAAUCUCAUUCUCUGGCCUGCGGCAGUAUAUGCUCUUGCAGCUGGUUGUCUCUUACUAAUAUUCGGUGCAAUCGCUGAUGUCAUCGGUGCCAAACUGAUGUGGAUAACGGGAAGCUUUCUCUUUGUGGUGUUCACACUGGCUGUUGGACUCGCGCAGACUGGGAUCCAGAUCAUCCUUUUUCGAACGUUACUCGGGGCUUCUAUAUCGAUGUGUCUACCAACAGCAGUCAGCCUGAUAGCCAACACCUUUCCUAAAGGGCCGUGGAGAAACGUCGCGUUCGCUAUCAAUGGCAUGGGCAGUCCCUUAGGAUAUGCACUGGGCCUUGUUCUUGGUGGUAUUUUCACCGACACGAUUGGCUGGAGAUGGGCUUACUACAUGAUGGCAAUCAUCAACUUCUGUCUCUCGACUGGAGCAAUCUGGUCUUUGCCCUCUGUCCAUACUUAUUCUGAAAGACCAUGGACAACUCGUUUGAGACUCGAGAUCGACUGGGUCGGGGCAGCUACCAUGAGCACAGCGCUUGGCAUGCUGCUCUACGUCCUUGCCAUGAUAUCUUCAUCUUACAAAAGACUCGACGACCCAGCCAAUAUCGUGCUUUUGACAAUCGCUAUCAUUCUACUCGCUGCAUUCCCAUUCUGGAUGGACUACCAAGUCAAACACGGGAAGCCAGCACUGAUCCCCAAUAGCCUGUGGAAGAAUCGGUCCUUCACAUCGGUAUGCAUUGCCGUAUUUUUGUGCUGGGCUUCCCUGAAUGGGAUCGAGUAUUUUACAACUUUGUACUUCCAAAAAGUUCAAGGUCUUUCAGCUUUACAGAGCUCUCUUAGGUUUCUACCUCAUGUCAUUAUGGGCGUAGCAGUGAACAUCAUCACCGGAUUCCUCAUCGCCAAAGUCAAAGUGCGCACGUUGGCUGUUGUUUCCGCACUCGUUACAAUGGUCGCUGCACCUCUCAUGGCGACUGUUGAUGUAGGCGAGAAUUACUGGCUUGCUCCCUUUUGGGCCAUGUUUCUUUCUCCAGUUAAUCCUGAUGUGCUCUUCACCGUCUCGAAUCUAGUUAUUUCUGACGCUUAUCCGCCGGAAAUGCAAUCACUUGCUGGCGGUGUGUUCAAUGAAGUAGCUCAGUUUGGAAAUUCUGUCGGUCUUGCAAUAACAGCAGCGAUCGCUGCUUCAGUCACAGAGCAUUCCCAUAUCACAGCCCGUGAAGAAGCCUUGAUGAAAGGCUAUAGAGCAGCCUUUUGGACUAUCUUUGCCAGCUGUACUACUGUCACAGUUGUGGUUUGGUUGGGAUUGAAGAAAGGAGGGAUUGUAGGGAGGAAACAAGACUAA